GCGGAAGGGGCGUGGCCGAAUCGCGGAAGUGCGUCAGUCCGGCCGGAAACGAAGGCCGAGAGGAGAAUGGCGGAGGGGGAGGUGUCCGAGGGCUGCCGCCUGCCCGUGCUGCGCCGUAACCAGGACAACGAGGAUGAGUGGCCGCUGGCCGAGAUCCUGAGCGUGAAGGACAUCAGCGGCAGGAAGCUGUUCUACGUGCACUACAUCGACUUUAACAAGCGCCUGGACGAGUGGGUGACCCACGACCGGCUGGACCUCAAGAGGGUCCAGGUGCCCCGGAAAGAGGCCAAGACCCCAACCAAGAACGGCCUGCCCGGCUCCCGGCCCGGCUCCCCCGACAGGGACCCGAGGAAGAGCCUGGAGCUGGCGCUGCCGGUGGCCCCAGCCAGCGGGAAGAGUUUGCCAGGGCCACCGGGGCCACCGGCGGGGCCACCGGGGCCACCAGGGCCACCGGGGCCACCAGGGCCACCAGGGCCACCGGGGCCCAUCACGCUCCGCUUUCACCUGCCCAAGGAGAGCGAGGCCGAGCCCCCCCCGGGCCCCCAGCGCCCCACGAAGCGCAAGGUCGAGGUUGUGUCUCCGGCCACGCCCGUCCCCGCCCCCACCGAGACCUCGCAGGCGUCCGUGUUCCCCCAGAACGGCUCCGCGCGCCGGGCGGUCGCAGCUCAGCCGGGCAGGAAGAGGAAAUCGGCGUGUCUGGGGACAGACGAGGACUCUCAGGACUCGUCGGACGGGGCCCCCUCGGCGCCCAGGAUGACGGGCAGCCUGGUGUCCGACCGCAGCCACGACGACAUCGUCACCAGGAUGAAGAACAUCGAGUGCAUCGAGCUGGGCCGGCACCGCCUCAAGCCCUGGUACUUCUCGCCCUACCCCCAGGAGCUGACGGGGCUGCCCGUGCUCUACCUGUGCGAGUUCUGCCUCAAGUACGGCCACAGCCUGCGCUGCCUGCAGAGGCACCUGACCAAGUGUGACCUGCGGCACCCCCCCGGUAACGAGAUCUACCGCAAGGGCACCAUCUCCUUCUUCGAGAUCGACGGCCGCAAGAACAAGAGUUAUUCCCAGAAUCUUUGCCUCCUGGCCAAGUGUUUCCUGGACCACAAAACGCUUUACUACGACACCGACCCCUUCCUGUUCUACGUCAUGACCGAGUACGACUGCAAAGGUUUCCACAUCGUGGGCUACUUCUCCAAGGAGAAGGAAUCCACCGAGGAUUACAACGUGGCCUGCAUCCUGACCCUGCCCCCGUACCAGCGCCGGGGCUACGGCAAACUGCUCAUCGAGUUCAGUUACGAGCUCUCCAAGGUGGAGGGGAAGACGGGCACCCCCGAGAAGCCGCUCUCGGACCUGGGGCUGCUCUCGUACCGCAGUUACUGGUCCCAGACCAUCCUGGAGAUCCUCAUGGGGCUCAAGGCCGAGGCGGGAGAGCGGCCCCAGAUCACCAUCAAUGAGAUCAGCGAGAUCACCAGCAUCAAGAAGGAGGACGUGAUCUCCACGCUGCAGUACCUGAACCUCAUCAACUACUACAAGGGCCAGUACAUCCUGACGCUCUCCGAGGACAUCGUGGAGGGCCACGAGCGGGCAAUGCUGAAGCGGCUCCUGCGCAUCGACGCCAAGUGCCUGCACUUCACCCCCAAGGACUGGAGCAAGCGGGGCAAGUGGUGAGGCCACGCCCCGGCCACGCCCUGCCAGGCCACGCCCCCCUCGUUACCUGGCGCAGCUCAUUAAGCGACACCUGGCCCCGCCCACAGCAGGCGCUGCAAAUCCUUUAUUGACCAUAAAAGGAAAGGGGUGGGGCAUGGGCAGGCCCCACCCACAGUGGGCGUGGCUCCAUUUGUGGGUGGAGCCUGCUGUGAACAGCUUUGGGUUUUUUAAAUAAAAUGGGGAGGGGCUUCCACAGGCUCCUCCCACUGGGAGGGGUUCCA